CAAACACUUCAUUAUUACCAUGGCAAGCAAAGUAAAUGUUGGUGUUAUUGGCUUCGGCUUUUCUUCUCAGACAUUCCAUUGUCCUUUGAUCGUCUCAUCUCCACACCUUAAUUUGGCUGCUGUGGUUGAGCGUCAUGGAAACAAGAGCAAAUCGGUUUAUUCCGAUGUACAUGUUGCCAAGUCUACAGAUGAGCUGUUUGAUAUGGCCAACAUUGAUCUUGUCGUCAUCACAACCCCAAACGACUCUCACUUUUCGUUGGCCAAGUCCGCCAUGGAAAAGGGAAAGCACGUUGUUGUGGAGAAGCCUUUCACCGUAACCUUGGCUGAGGCUGAAGAACUUGCCAAAGUAUCCAAGGAUACCAACAAAAUCUGCAGUGUAUACCAGAACCGCCGUUGGGAUGGUGACUUCUUGACUGUCAAGAAGCUCAUUGCUAAUGGCCAUCUAGGUCGUAUUGUUGAAUUCGAAUCCCACUUUGACCGUUUCCGUAACUUUGUCAAAGGUGGAUGGAGAGAAAGUGAUGCGCAGCCUGGAUCCGGCAUGCUCUACGAUUUGGGCGCCCAUUUGAUAGAUCAAUCUCUUAGCCUGUUUGGCCUUCCUAUUUCUGUAUAUGCCACUCUCACAAAUCAGAGACAGCUUAAGGAAUCUAGUGUAAUCGAUGAUUUUACCAUCAUUCUUCAGUACGCUGGUGGAUUCAAGGCGGUCUUACGCUCUAGCAUGCUUGCUCGUCAAUCCCCUGUCCUGCGCUACAAUGUCCGUGGUAUGAACGGCAACUUUGUCAAGCACUACUUGGAUGUCCAGGAAGAUCAGCUCAAGGCUGGAUUGGUUCCUACCGAUGCUCCUUAUGGUGUAGAGAGCUCUGAAAGAUGGGGUUCAAUCAAUACAGACAUUUCAGGUGUUCACAUUGUUGGUCAGGUUGAGACUGAGAAGGGUGCCUAUCUUUCAUUCUAUAACAACGUCGGUCAGGCCAUUCUCAAGGGCGAUAGAGAAUACUUGGAAGUCAAGCCUGAAGAUGGUGUCAACUGUAUCCGCCUGAUUGAACUUGCUCAGCAGAGCAGUGAUGAAGGCCGUGUCAUUAAUUUGUAAAUAGUAAUAAAGACAAUUCAGUAAAGAAAUCAAAUCGGUAUCAAUUAUUUCCGUCCAAAAUAUAUCUAUAUCUAUUUAAAGAGCU